AUGACCGGAAAGGCAGAACAGAACGUUGUCAUUGUUGGCGGUGGAUUUGCUGGAUUCCAAGUUGCUAAACAGCUCAGCAAAAAAUUGGACGCAAAGAGAUACAACCUCAUUCUUAUUAACUCCCGCUCUUACGCCAUUUCCCUCCCUGCAACCAGUCGAAGUUGGAAGAAAACCUCAUUCGUCAAGCUUGACAAACUUUACGCGAAUGGCAAUGGAGAGACAAAAGUCGGUGUUGUGACCAGCGUUGAGGCACAGCCAGGCGUCCCUGGGGGUGCUGUGGUCCUUGCCACCGGGGAACGUAUAUCAUAUGCAGUGCUUAUCUUGGCUACUGGCUCAAAAUGGACUGGUCCCUGUGACAUCCCAGAGAACGAGGCUGAUUUCGCCAAAGCAAACCACGUUGUGAUCGUUGGUGGAGGUGCCGUUGGUAUCGUUCUGACGAAUUACACCACACAGACAAAGAAGGUUACCAUUGUUCACGGUGCUCGCUCCGAAAGGGAUUGGAGAAAACGUCUUCAUGUUCGCGGUGUGCAGUUCAUGUUCAAUGAAUACAUCGAUAACAUUCCAGAAGCGGGUGUUGUUGGUGUCAGUACGCGCAGUGGAAAGCACAUUUCGGACGCCGACUUAGUGGUAUCUGCUCGUGGCGGCCGCCCCAACACCGAUUACGUGACUUCCCUUGGUGAAGACGCUCUGAACGGACAUGGCUUCGUUAAGAUCAAGCCAACCAUGCAGCUACUCAAUCACCCAUCCAUCUUCGCUUUAGGCGAUAUCAUCGACUGGACCGAGCAGAAGCAGAUCGGUAAACUCAUGUGGCAUGUUCCCGUUAUCGUGACGAACGUAGUGAGCUUCUUGAACGGAGUCACCCCGACGAAGAAAUAUACCGGUGCUCCUGAGAUGAUUGUGAUCACGAAUGGAAGGAAAGGCGGCAUGGGCUACUUCGGGUUCUUCGGAGGGUUUACCCUGGGUGAUUGGUUUGCCUGGUUGGUCAAGUCAAGAGAUUUCAUGGUUUCACACUUCAGGAAGGAUCUCGGUUACUGA